AUGCUGAACUCCCCCGCUCCCGUGCCUAGCCCCCGCGGCAUCGAUAAACUGCCGAGCCGACGGCAGUUCAAUGCCCGCAUCCCAGCCCCGACGACAUCAUUCCACGUAACCCCGACGGCAUGUGCGCCAUCGGCACUGACUUACUUGACGCUGUUUUGUGAUCAAAUGUGGCAGGUACCAAACGAGCCCAUUCCCGUGCUUGUCGGUGACCACCAAAGGCUCUGUCGCAUGCACUGGAGACUCAUAGAUUGGAGGGAAUCUUCGAGUGAUUUUUUCUUCUGCGGCUGGCUGCGUGCCAUUCAUGGCAGUUCCAAUGCUGUCGCAAUAACGGCUAGCAUCCCAGGAGAUCCUACCCUGAUUUUGGACGGCCUCAACGAGGAGCAAAGCUAUCUGGUCAACCUCAUGGAGGAAGUUGAGGCUCCAGUACUGUGCAAUUUCCUGAGUCAUUUGAAGAACCCCAUGUUCCAUGGUGGUAAUAUGUUUCUAGGUACUAUUGGUGUGGUGCUGACGGGACACCCAGAAGGCUGCCAUUCCUAUGACGCACGAAACUUUCCCCCAUCAAAUGAUCGGGAAAUGUUCGACCUCAAUCUGCUUCGUUUUCUGUGGUCGAGGGCUCGUUCGGAUACCCCCACGCUCUGUGAAGACGCUCCCCAAAACCAUUUACGAAACGGUCAAGGUCUCAUGGAGCUAGGACCUCAAUCUGCUUCGUUUUCUGUGGUCAAGGGCUCGUUUGGAUACCCCCACACCCCCUGA